GGUGGAGGACCCCCGCCACCACCCUCUCAUCAGUACGCCCGAGAUCCCGCUGUCGGAGUACCGCCCCCGCCAACACCUCCUGGCUACGGUACAAUGGGUUGGAGACCACAGGGUGGCACGCCUCCGCGUGCACCCUUUCCCUCCAACUCUUCCUACUCUCAACGAAUGCCGCCGGUUGGUGAGUACCGACCUCUGCUAAAUAACCUUUUGUGUCGUUUUCAUGUCCCCUCCUCUGUUGUCUCGUAG